GUCGUUGGGCGCACACACUGUGCGUGUUAGGCUGAAGCAGCCUCUAUAGAUAGAUGCGCGUGUUAGCCGUUACAUCGCUGGGCAGGAUAUGUACCAGCUUCUAUUUGCAUCGCCUUGGCACCGCCUUGAACAUGCAUGGAUGCUGUGCUAUGGGAACGUGACGCAUAUUAAUAACUCGGAACCAGGAACCGAGUGAAUAUUAAAAAGGUAGGGGCGCGGCUGUUCCUCUCAACUAUACCCCAAUGCUUGCAUCUUCUGUCUUAUCACUCUUGGGUUGUGGGCUCCUGGUGUUCGCAUCUCCCAGUGGCAUCCAUGGAAAGAGGACUUCUAUCCCGCUGAAUUCCCGCAAUUUUCACCGUCUCACAGACGAACAGAGGCGUGACUGGUUCAUACGACAGAAGGAAAGGCUUUUACUCAAGUAUGGGGCAAUAAGUGGAAAUGACAAGCGUGCCAAAACUGGUAACAUUCCCCUCACCAACUUGGACAUUGACAGUGCCUAUGUGGGAGUCAUAAACCUUGGGACUCCAGGCCAAAGUCUCAAUGUUGUUCUUGAUACAGGUUCAUCGGACCUUUGGGCUGUAUCUCCGCAAUGUGCUGGCUGUUUGAACGACACGCAACCGUAUGACCCGACCAAGUCGUCAACUUAUCACGACACUGGAAAUCCAAUCACUCUUCAGUAUGGCGCUGGGGAUAUCGGUGUGCAGGGUACCGUCGGAACUGAGACCGUAUCCUUCGGCGGAUUUACAAUAACCUCCCAAACUUUCGCCGUGAUCACCCAAAUGACUACAGGCGUCUUACCUCCCGUUGGGAAGGUUGCUGGCCUUCUGGGUCUCGCGUGGACAUCCAUUGCCCAAACUCAGGCAGAUCCCGCUUGGCUGACCGCAGCGAAAUCCGGCCAAUGGUCCGAACCUUUGUUCGCGUUUUUCCUCAAGCGGCACAACGAGGAUCCAAAUCCACAGCUCGUCGAGACGGACGGUGGUGUUAUGGACAUUGGAUUUACAGAUAGUGCUAAAUAUACGGGUGAUAUCAAAUACGUUUCAUUGUCCUCACAGACCUAUUGGGCCAUUCCACUUGAUGGCAUAUCCGUCGGUGGAAAGCCCACCUCCAUCACCGGUUCCGCCGCUAUUGACACCGGUACCUCUUUGAUUGGUGGUCCCAGUGAUCGAGUUGCCGCAUUCUACGCUCAAGUGAAUGGUGCACAGGCUCUUACGGGAGACAAUGCCGGUUAUUGGACGUAUCCUUGUUCAGCCGCCCCACAAGUCGCUUUUACCUUUGGAGGGGUGUCGUAUAGCAUCAAGUCUGACGAUUUCUCGCUUCCCGCCACCCAGGGUUCUACUGACUGCAUAGGAUCCAUCUUCGAAUUGAAUACCUCCACCGGGUCCCCUGUCGACUGGAUCGUUGGCGAUAGCUUUUAUGAAGAACGUUUACACCGUGUUCCGUCAAAGUCCGGCAUCUGUUGGGUUCGCCACUGCCAAUCAGAAUGCCGGUGGUGGGAACCCAACCACCUCUGGCACAGGCACAUCGUCUCAAACUCAAACCGUCACAUCACACCCGAAAUCCCCCACCAACUCAGGAGGUUCGGAGGGAGUGCGUCUAAGAUUUCGAUUAGUAACAACCUUGUUGGCGCUGUGGGCAGCUUGAUGGCUGUUUUAGCUGGCGCUGCCAUGGUGCUGUAGGGCGAACCCUGAUCUAAUACUUUGGAUUUUUUUUUUUAUGCAGCAUUUUUCUUAUCACAUACACGCAUCCAUAUACACUCUAUCAUUGGAUUGAGGACAUCGGAUAUUUAUCUAUCUCGGUAUACCUUUCUUUGUUUGGUUUUCCCCUCUAAAGUUUUAAAAUCGAUUGCGUUGCGGCUUGUCACAUUGCUUUUCUGUUUUCCUUCUGAACUGUCCUCUGAUCGUCCGUGGCGAUUCUCCCCGUCUUUGCAUAUUAGCAGCUUGCCAAUACACGAUUGAGCAUACGCAACUCUUGUUCG